UGCUUAAUUUUUGUUGUCUGGCCUGCGUGUGUUACUGUGUUAGUACUACUAUAUUCUUAAUAUAACUUCAAUGAGAGCAACUAGGAUGAGGUUUGAAUGCUAAAUUGUCUACUAAUCCAUUGAUUGAAUAAAAUUGAAAUUAGGGGACGAGGAUUUGAUCUAAUGGUACUAUCGUUAUAGAUCAUCCAUUUUAAUUUUACAGUGAACAAUUUUAGUUGAACUAGAUUUGGCCUAUAUGCUCAUAACAAAUAAUAAAACCAAAAAGCACCUUUGUUAAUGGUUGUGGUAAUAAAAACAAUACUAUAAUUUGUACCACAGUGUUUGGGAAGAGGUGUAAAUGGGAGGGGAAAUAAUACAGUUUCCAAUACAUUGACACCCGUUUGGUUAAUUUAUAACCAUAGUGGGGUGUAAAACGGAAGUGAAAAAUUACUGUUUCGACUUACCUCACAAAUUGGGUGCAAGGGGAUGAAAGAAGAAAGGUAGAGAGGGAAAGAGGACACCCCUAUAAAAAAUUACGGAAUCCGCCACCGCCAUUAACUAUACAUAGCUCGACCACUAAUCAAUAUAAGAAGGGAAAGAAAGUCUAAUAAAGAGAACGGGGUGGUGUGUUGCAAAGAUUUUGCAAUCCGCAAACAACAACAUGUGCAUGUGAUGGUGGGAAGUGAGAAUCGAGAAAGAGAUGUCCAUGUAUAAAUCGAUCGACAGACAAUUACGAUUCAUAAUCUAUAUAUCAUGACAUUAUUCAUUCAUAUACGAAACAUUAACAUAUGGGUAAUAUUUGUUUCUUUCCUCCACAAAAUCCCAAACCAUAUUCACGGGAAUGCCUAUCCCUUACCAAAACUUCAUUUUUCUAUCUUUCUGUGGUUGAUGGAUGAUAUGCUGAUAUACUCUUGUCAUUUUUCCCAGCAAACAAACAGGCCGCAAGAUUACAAAAGAAAAACAAAACAUCCCACACCAUGCUUCCAUAUGAUGCCUCUCCCUACUUUCCUGGCACUAAUAAAUCGAAUCUUAAUGAAUUUUUUUUUUUUUUUGCCCCAAUUCCCGAUCCAUCAAUGUGAUUGGGCCGGGCUGAGCCACUUACUCCUUUUUCUUAUGGGCUCAAAUGACCUCUCAGUCUUCCGUGAUCAGGCCCACCCACCGUGCCCGUCUUUAUCUCCCUUUUGGCGGGAAAGAAAUAGUUAAAUACAGAUUAGGCAAUGGGGCGCAAAAAUGAAAAAUCCCUCAGAAAUUAGGGCGAAGGUUCUCGCCGUUAACCUUCCCACCUGAACCUGAUACUCACCGAGCGCUGCCGUCAUCGAGGAGAUGCUAACUGGGGCGAGAGAGCUUGAUCCGAUUGGUCGGCGACGGCGGCGCUUCCUCCCCAAUCGCCACUCCCUUCUUUCCGCCGCCCCUAUGCAGAAGUCGAAUUCAGCUGAGGGGAAGGAUAUGCGAUGCCGUCUCAACCAACCUUUAGUUGCGGGCAGCAGUAAUGAUAGUCAAGCUGCUGAAGAAAUUUGCGACAAUGAUGAGAGUGUCCGCCAAGUUGGUACUUCUUCUGUGGCCGACAAGGUCCAGAGUUGUGAUGAAGCCUUGUCAUCCCAGAUGACCCUCAAGACCCAGAGAAUGGCUAAGGAUCCCAACGCAAUAAAGAUUCUUUUAGGAGAUUCUGCAUCUUGCAGGGUGCUUGGUUUUCUACCACGAGAGCUGGGCCCUCUAAUUGUCUCCUCUGAUUGAGAAGCAUGAUCUCAUUUUUGAGGUAUACGUUGGUUUAGGUAUGUUUUGAAUAGUUCAGUUUGAAGCUGGGGAAGCAAGCACUUAAAGUUGAGGCAGUUAUGAUGCUAACUCUGAUUCUAUGAGACAGAAGAUACAGUAACUUACAAAAUGUCUUGUGCUGAGGAUGAUGAUUAGUGCAGUUAGAUUGAAUUUAUUUUAAGUUCAUUUCUUUUCUUUAACUUAACAUCUGCAUUUUGAGGUAUUUACGUAUGAAUCGUCCGAGGAGAGGAAUUGGACAUGUCUAAAUAGUUAUUUGUUAGCAGAUUUUGCCAGUUGAGUGGACUUAAUAUGAGUAAUGUUUCAUGGUUCUUGCAGGGACUCAUAACUUCUAUUCCAGGUGUUCCCAAUUCGAAUCAUGAGUAAGGAUGCCCUAACAAGUAGUUCUACAGACGAAAAUGUAGUAAAGGAUCUCACAACUUCUUGGAAGAAUGUUCUUCAUGUGGUUGAAUCUAUGAAGAGUAAUUCACCCAGUGCGUUAAAGUAUCAGCAGAACUUCAGUGCGUUUGUCAAAGAAGUUCUACGAACUAAUGCUCACCUCUUUACUGAUGAUAGAGAAAUUUCUUGGGUACUAAUUCCAUUACCCUGAUUUUCUGCUUGACUCUUACCUUCCUUUCUUGACAGAUUGUGACACUGUCUGGUGUCAACUGUUGACAGAGUUGUUUCUCUCUCUCUCUGAUGACAGUCAUAAGAAGCUUUUCUUCAGCUGAAUUUUCAUUUUUCUCAUGAAUCACCUUUCCCGUGCAGUUGAUCCACAUGCAUCUAGGAUAGAUAUUGAACCAUACUUCUGCAAAUAAAAUUGUUUUUUAACUGAAGCUCACCAUCAAGCAUGAAACCAAGAAAACAUACUGCCAAUUGGAACUGCUGCCCUAACUUCUUGUGAGUUGUGAUUAUGCAUAAACAUCGACAACAGCCAUCAACACUUAUAUUACAUAUAUUUGUAGAUGAUGUGCCUUGGAAGUCCACUCAAAUUUUGUUUUCUGACUGAGAAAAUAAUUUGGAGGUCACUCCUAUACAACUUGGUGUUGAAAUUUGAAUGCAUGCCAUCAAGCAUGAAAGUGGGAACUAAGGAGCUCUACAGAAUCUGAAUUUGCAUCUACAAAUUGCUUCAUGAAAUUUUCAGGCUCAUUUGGUGUUCUAAUUAACUAAUGAAUUUUCUACUUGUUUAUCAUUGCAGCAAAGGGUUACAUGUUUUGCAUUGAGCAUGCAAAUGAACUUGAACACAGCAACAUGGAGGAGAUUCUGAGUUUGCUAACCGUAUCUGAGCUACGAGGAAUCAGUGGCAUGUUUUAAAAGGUAUGUGAACCACAUUUCUUUGUUGUUGUUAAAUGCAUAUUGUUUAGAAUAGAGAAAGUAGAUCCGAAGAAUGAAAAAUGAGAACAUCAGCUGGUAGCAAGUGGAGAGCCAUGUAUAGAAUAAACAAAUAAAACAAGAGAAGAGAAGAUCACUGUUCGUAUUUUGUUUAUAUGGUGUCUCUUAUUGGAACCCAGUUUUGGGGGAGUCUUUCAAUGUACAAGUGCUGCUUCACUUAUGGCUCUAGAUGGCUGGCACUUUCCAAUCUGAAACUACUCUAAAUAUACCCUGUGGGACAGGCUCCUCAUAGUACAAUUUCAGUUUGGCUGGUAAUAGUUAAAUUGCUGUUAAGUGAAAAUAGUUGAGAAAUAUGGAGCAUUUCGGGUGGAUUCUUUCUAGCUUUGAUUGUGUCCCUAGUUUUGCUCCGAAAACAACCUUGGCUUCUGAUGACUACACAGCAUGAGAUCUCCUGUGUGGACAGAUACGGGUCAAACAAUUCAAAAUCUUGUGUCUAUUCAUUGUUUUAUGUAUAUGGCUGCUAACUGAAGAGGGUUUCUUAGCUCCAAACUGGUGUCUGCUUUUCCAUACAUUAUCUUGAUUUAGUGGCUUCUGGAUACAGUUGCUAACUGGAGAGGGCUUCUUAGCUACCAACUGCAGAAAAUUCACAAUGGCAUGGCCGAGGAGAUCCUCAUAACCUUGUGGGAGUUGAAUGCAAGGAACAGCCUGUAGAGGAGUAAGCUGGGAGCGUCAUUCCCCUGUGCGAACUUCAGGCUGUAAUCACCUGCACAGAAGGCCCUUGUUUGGCUUCCCCUCCUCCGCCAUCUCGCUCAAGAUCAUCGAAGCUGGUCUAGUGGGAUGCCAGGCCUACUACUUCUCGAGACAGUCUUUCUGAACAGCAGCGAGUAUGGCCGCUCCUGCUAAUCAAGUCCAUUCGUUAUCUUGUCAUGUGAAAACAUGCAUUAUUUCCGGAUAGAAGAAGUUAAUAAUGAAAUGUGACUGUUUAUGGAGCAAGGAAGAAGAGCUGUUGUUGGUAGCUGGUUCAUUGCUUUCCUUUCUAGGAAAGGAAUGUGGUGUUGCGGUGUGCUGUCGCUUGAAUAAUUCAAUUGGGUUUGCAGCUGUGCAACAUAAGAUAACAGGGGAACAGGCCCAACUGUACCCCUUUACGUUGAUUGAGUAUGGUUGAUUUGUAAUAUGUACAUAAAGCUUAAGUCUAAUUCAAGAAUAUACGUUAUCUGUUACG